AUGAACUGCUGCGUCGAACUCUCAAGACGCUCGUUUAGCAAUGCCCCGAUAACGCAAUCAAUUGCUAGUCCUUCCAACCACGAAGGUAAUUCUGGUCAUACCAGCCAAUGCCAGUCGUACACCAAUGCAGAUGUCUCCCGGAGUAUCGUGCCUGUGGAUGAAACACGGGCCGAGACAGCAGUAUGCGAGAAGUUCCUCGUUGCGCAACAGUCUCUUGCGUUAACCAUUCCUCCGGGCCCCAAGUUCUGGAGCCACCGGCUGCGUAAGGCUCCCAACGGGAAAGACAUCAUCGUGCACUAUUGCAAGUCCCUUAAAAAGACUGAGGAGGUAGCAAAAUACUUCUUGAAAGAUGAUGUAAUAGGUUUUGACAUGGAAUGGAAACCGCAGUCAAGCAGAUCUGCCAGCAUUCAGAACAACGUCUCGUUGAUACAGAUUGCAAAUGCGGAGCGAAUUGCCCUCUUCCAAAUUGCACUGUUCAAACCCGCGAGAACACCGGAAGACUUCAUUUCGCCUUCUCUACGAAACAUUCUUGAAUCACCAAAAAUUACGAAGGCUGGAGUAGCGAUUAAGGCGGACUGUACGCGACUAAAGAACUUUCUCGGCAUCAAUGUUCGUGGGAUUUUCGAACUCAGUCACCUGUACAAGUUGGUCAAGUACUGCCAGUCAGAUCCAGCUCUCAUCAACAGAAGACCUGUCAAUCUAAGCGAGCAGGUCGAAGAGCACUUUGGUCUACCUCUAGCAAAGGAUGAUGAUGUCCGAUGCGGUGAUUGGACCACUGCACUAAACUACCGUCAAGUUCAGUAUGCUGCAACCGACUCGUAUGCAUGUCUGUGUCUUUUCAAUACUAUGGACGCCAAGCGCAGGGCCUUGACUCCGAUGCCCCCUUUACCAGCACAUGCUGAGCUGGACCAGCCGAUUCGCCUAGUAGAAGAGCUUGAUGUUGAAACAACCAACAACAAACCGGUUGAAUCUCAGUUCAUCAAGCCGGCAGUGCGUCUUGAGACCGAGGACGAUGCUUCUAAAAUAACACCCUCCGCACGCACCAUGUGA